AUGAAUUCAGACCUGUUUAAAGAGUGGUUUAAUUUAGAGUUUGCUCCAAGAGUUAAAAAACAUUUAAAAAGUGUUAACUUGCCUAUCAAAGCAGUUCUAGUGUUAGAUAAUGCUCCAACCCAUCCUCAUGACUGCGAUGUAGAUGACAUAAAAUUAAUUUAUCUUCCUCCUUAUGUGACAAGCUUAGUGCAACCAAUGGACCAAGGAGUGAUCGAAAGCUUAAAAAGACAAUACAGGCGUAAACUUGUUUCUGAAAUUCUGCAACACUCGGAGAGUGAAGAGAAAGAUCUUUUAGAAGUCAUCAAAAAGAUCAAUAUCAAGGACGUUAUCUAUAUGUUAGCUACAGCAUCUCAAGAAAUGCUCUCUUCAACGUUUAUUAAAUCUUGGAGAAAACUUUGGCCAGAUGUUGAGAAUCUAGUUGCAAUCUCGAAUAUUGCAGGAACUGAAGAAGAAGAAAACAAAUCCACUCUACAAGACCUUCAAAAGUUAACGGGUAACGAAGCAUUGCAACCAGAAGAUGUGGAAAAUUGGAUGAUAAGUUGUGACGAUCACCUUGAAAAUGAAUUUUUGAAUAAUAAAGAAAUCAUAGAUUUAGCAACCAAAGAACCAGAGGAAUAUGAUGAGAGUAGUGACAUUGAAGAGGAAAAAACGAUUUCUCAUGAAGAAGCCUAA